AUGUGUUGUAUAUGUAGUAUGUCUACACCAGGUGGCAGCAGUUCGAAAAAGAAAGGGGUCAGAGGUAAAUACAAGGGCAAGAAUGUUGAGGAGGAGCUCUCCAAAACACAAUCUGCCAAGUUACCGCUUGAGGUGCACGCAGAGACUGGCACCCCCGUAGGCAAAAACGGGAAAAAAUUCAACAAUAUGGCAAAAUGGAUGACUCGGAUGUCUAUCCCCAUUAAUAAAUUCAAAUGGGAAGAUGUCAGUAGAGCUGACAUCAACGCACUCUGGGAUAGACUUGAGACCAAGUUUGUCCUCCCACGAGAUAACCCUACAUUCGUAGACUACGGUGAGUACGAGAUGUCAAAGGGUUUACGUGACUGGAGGGCAGACUGCAAGAAGAAGUGGAUACAAAACAUUGAGGAGCUUGGACAGGAGAGGGCCGACAUGUCACCUCCUGAGGGAGUAACUCAAGAGGUGUGGAGUGACUGCAUCGCUUAUUGGAGCACAGACAAACAAAAGGCGAGAGCAGCGAAAAAUAAAGAAAGUCGGGGUAAGAUGAAAUUUCUAGGAGGCUGGGGCUCCAAGCCUAUUGUUUCACAUGUUGUCGAGGGGGCUAACCCCGACACAGGAGAACUGCCAACUGCGGUGGAAACUUUUCAAAAGUUUCACCAUAAAGGCAACGAUUGGCGCAACGAGUUCGCGCAACAAGCUUACGAGCAAAUGGUUGAAAUAGCGGCAACUCAACCAGCGCCCACUGAAGAUGAGCCCGCAGAGCCUGCUGUCGAUCCUACACAGUACCCCCGAGACUUACCUGUUAUGACACAAGUACUCGGGGAACGAUCUCGGCAUCUUAGAGGCUUUGGCCAUCUCCCCAGACUGAAGGGAGUUGGGGCCAAAAGAGCACCUGCCACGCAUCCUUCAGCCCAACCGACUGUUACAAUGGAACAGUACGAGGCUUUACAGAAAAAAGUGGAGGAAGCGGAGCAGACAACUCAACAUACGAGGCAGCAGUAUGAGACACAACAACUCUACCUCAGACGAUUUCAAGAUCAGUUUGAGUAUCUUUCUCGAGCUGUGCCGGUUUCAACUUGCCUCCCAUGGAUCUUCCACCAUUGCCCACUCCCAGUCCCUGGAUCGUCGAGUACGGCUGCGCAGGUCUUUAAUAAUGUUGCGGUUGCUACGAUAUCUUCCAGGUUGUGGCGUCUCUCCUUCCGGAUUAGAAUUCAAGUCAAAUUCUUCAACAGGCAUCAGGCGGAGUGGGGACUAGCUCAAACACGUGGAGCUCUUAAAAAGCUUCAACAGUUGUGUCAGGCAAGUGGAAAAAUGCUGGAGGAAGUGGCUUCAUGA